AAUGCAUUAUGCGACCGUCACUCUUGUCAGCUCAAAAUGGUGUGGCGGUAAUUCCGUGCUCGUACAUGCUGAUGAAUACGUUAUUGGUUCUGCCGUCUCGCCGAUCGCCAAGAUGGCAUCAUCAAUGUGAAAUUCGAAUUUUGAUUCUCAAGGGGUCAUCAGACGGACGGUCCUGAUGAUUCCUCAUCUUUCCUAAAUUUCCACAGUUUGCGGCGAACCAGUUUUAGUGGGUCAGGCCCGCCUGGGUUGAGCCCUCUCGCGUCCCAGCCCUCGCUUUUAUUUAUGCCAUUCUCCCCGGAGCGGAGCGGAGCGCCCGAAGCCGAAGAGAGGAGAGGGUGGGGCAUGGAGGAAAACCGCAGCGGCAGCGCUGGUUGCCGAAAGAGGAGGAAGAGAGGGAACAAGUCUUCCCUCACGCCUCCACCUCCUCCUCUCGACCUCUCGUCCUUCGACCGCACCAUGUUCCCCUUGCUCCUGGCUUCCGCAGCCAACCUCCGCAACCCUCAAGCCCGAUCCAUUAUCAAACGAUUCCUCCGCGCCCACCUCGCCCUCCUCACAACAAGAAGAACGGCCCCCUCUUCCCUACCACCCCUCCCCUUCCUCCUUCCCCAAAGCUUUCUCGCUUUCCUUCCUCUCCUCCUCGCGAGCAGAUGCUCUUCUGUGGCUGCGCUGAGCGCAGAGGUGGUCGGUGCCGCGGCACUCUGGUCUCUCGAGGCGAACACGAUGAUAGCAUCCGAUGAUGAGGUCAUUAAGUGUUUGGUGUGGGCACUGGGGAGCAGGAGCCGUCGAGUGGCCGAGGCAGUCUGUAAUGCUAUUAUGGAUCUUUCUAGUUCUCCGAUUGGGAGGGAGCGGCUCCGAAAUUCGUUUGCUAUUGAGAGGCUAUUAUGUUCAUUUUGUCAGAUGGCAGCAACUCCUCUAUAUAUUGAUAUUUUUCACAUGGUAAAGAAAGAAAGCAGUGACUCUUCCAAUAUAGGGUCCAUGAGAGAUAGUAUUCUAGUGUUAAUCCUUGAUGCAGCAGUACUCCUUAUCAAUACUUGCAGUGAGGAAUUCUUGGACCAAAUCCCGAAGGAAUUAGUCAGACGAUUUCUGCCUUUUUUGAGGGCACUGUGGGGCAAGAUUCGAUGUUUGGAAUUACCAAGUAAUUACAGUCAGCAGAAAAGCUUCUUGUGCAUUACAAAGUAUGAUCUUGCUGUAACUAUUUUUAGGCUUUCCAUGAAUCAAGCUGACCAUGCAACUUGGGGAUCUGAUAAGGUCAGGAUAAGUAUAUUUGGAGGAAAAGAAUCUGACUUUGAAAAUUUUGUCCUGAACUACUGGGAGAAUUCACCGCUUAUACUAAGUGGGGCAUCCAAGAAUUUGGAGAAGGAUAAUAAUAUUUUCAGUUCUUUGAUCCAUUCCUUUGUUCCUAAAAUGACUGAUGAUGCCCUUGACUCAAUUUUACCAGGGCUGGUUUCAUGUCCGCCUAUUGCUUCAGAUGAAAUAGACAUUAAUUGUUUUCUGAAUGAGGUGAAUGGUUCACUGGGUUCUCCAAUUAUGUACGGACAGGACAUUAGGAUUCUGAAAACACAGGAACUAACCGCUGGGUCCUUGAAUAAAGAUGUGAAAAAAGAGCUGCACCUUUUUAAGAUUGAUGCUGGUCCAAUAUUUAUAGAUGCAGACAAUGUCCAGAAGAGUAAAGAGGCAUUUAGGGAUGGUUAUACAAUUGCCCUGAGGGGUAUGGAGUUUCGGUCUGAUAAAAUUGCUGCUAUUGCAGAAGGGUUAGCAGAUCUGUUUGGUCAGCCAUCUGUAGGGGCCAAUUUGUAUAUGACGCCUCCUGGAUCUCAAGGUCUGGCCAAACAUUAUGAUGACCACUGCGUGUUUGUAUGCCAACUUUUUGGGUGCAAGCAAUGGAUCAUUUCACCUCGUCCAACUUCUAUACUGCCCAGGUUAUAUGACCCUAUUGGCAGCUCGCAUGGUCCAGAGAGCAGCAUGUGUGGAAGCAUGCAGAUUUUACUCAAAGAAGGGGACAUUUUGUAUAUUCCUCGAGGUUAUCCUCAUGAAGCUCAUACAGUCAUUGAUGAGUAUGAAUCUGGGAGUAAAGCAUCUAAUGACUUUUCCUUGCAUUUGACACUUGCUGUUGAGGUUGAGCCUCCUUUUGAGUGGGAAGGUUUUGCUCAUGUUGCUCUUCAUGAUUGGAAUGAGAAGCAGAAGCAAGCAUCAUGUCAAUGUUUUGAUUCUAAACUAGAAAUUUCAAGAACUAUGCUUGCACUUCUGCUGCAUGUUGCAAUCAGGCUGAUCUCUGAUCAUGAUCCUAUCUUCAGGAAGGCUUGCAUGGUUGCUGCAAAACAUUGGUCUGCUGAUACUGAUAAGGACUUUCAUGUACAGAUGCUUUUGUUGAGCCAAAGAGCUACAUUUGGUUACAUAAUUAAUAGAAUUCAUGCUAGCUCCAAUUAUAUAGAGGCAUUCAGGAUCAUAGAAACAGUUGUUCAGGAAAGAAACGAUGAUUCCUUGCAAUGGAUGAGAUGGCUUCAGCAUCUGCCUCAGCAUGGAGAUGUUGAUGAAAAACUUGAUUUCAAUAAUCUGUUGGGAGUGCUUGAUGACCUUAUUGUGUUGUAUAAUGAGGAUAAUAAGAAGGCUAUGGUUGAAUUUGCUCACUUCAAGUCCAAAUUUUGUAGGUAUGUCAUAUUUGAAGAUGCAUGUAAAAGCUUUGUUAUACUGCUGGAGAAGUAUAGAAAGACUAGGAAACAAUAUAUGCAAGGGAUGUGGUCACUCCAUUGUAAAAACAGUUAGUGAUAACUGUGAUAUUGUUCUCUGUGAUCCAGGAUUUCACAUCUAUUUAUGUUAAAUUAGUGACUUGUAUAUAUGCGAGUGUAGGACCUGAGAAGUUCAAUCAUUCAACUUACGAAUGUCCUCAAUUGUUGGGCAGCUGUAAAACAAUGACAGGCACCAAUGUCAUAAAAGAACUACAUUUUUGGUUAACUUUUAAAGCUUGCUCAACUGCUGGAGUUGCAUAGUUGCAUUCGUUGUUCUAACAUUGUAUGGGGCACGCGACAUGAGCUGAGGAUGCGGUAUCAGGAUAAUUUAUUUGGAUUUGGUAGUAGUUCUGGAUAUUGUGAGCUGGGUAAACACUCAAGUGGUUGAAUCAGACAGUGGUUGCCCUUUCAAUAUCAGUAUAAUUUGGUUGGCUUGUGCUUUAUCAGUGUUUCCCCAUGAAUCAAGAGUAACAAAAAUACUGAAUCAACUCAGUUCUUUUAAGGCAUCAGAUUGAACAUGAUAAAUUUGGCAACCAUAUAUGCCUUGAAUUUCUCUUAAAACCAUAAUUAGAAAAAAAGUGGCACAGAUGCACAGAAAAUGAGCAUUGGUUUUGAAGGCUGCAAAGGCAUCAUGGCAUACUGCUAUUGGGUGUAUGAUUUGCUGGAUCUGAAGAGUGAACUUUGAAUAUGUUGCUGUUACCGGAACUGUUGUUUUGUUCAUGGGAGUGAGCAGUACUGUUUGCAGAGAUGCCUACAUUCAUUAGGUGGCCAUCCCAGCUCCAAGUGAAUUAUCUGAAAUGAGCAGGAUGUCACAACCCAAUUCCCGGACAGGAUGGAGGUUUGUGUUUAUGUUGGUUGAGGUAUUUGGCAGGAAAGUCUCUGUCAUUCUAAAAGAUAUUUCUUGCACAGAAACCUGCUGACUUUGAAUUUUUUGCUCGGCUUGCGAAAGGUUCAUGAGAAUUAUGAUUUUGUCAUAUUCGGUUAGCGAUUCUGUGAGCAAAGUUUUGCUAUAUUCUGCAUGAUUAACUUGGGUAUGGUUUUGCUUCACCACAAUCACAUUAUGCGGUUGUGUAUGGCUAAGAGGCAAUUCUCAUGUUGGUGUUGAAAGGAUGUUGUAGUUAAAGAGCAUAUGAGCUGGCUGGGUAAUGCAGAGUCAGAAUUUCUUUUAUGAAUUCCAAAAUGUAAAUGCUGUAGUCCUGCAGUGCUAUAACCUUGCAUUUUAAAAGUGCAGCCUUCAGCAGUACAUAUAUCCUUGAAGAAUGGUACAUCAGAGGAUCCAUGAAGAAUGGUACAUCAGAGGAAUGGUUCGUUACCCUUUUAGAUGCACUUUUUAUGUGGAAAUGAGGCAAAGCAAGGGCUAUGGUCUGGGAUGCUUGGGCUUGGGCAGUGGAGAAGGAUGUGUUGUCACUGCAUGGUAAUCUGCACUGUAAACUAGCCCUCCCUCGUCAUCACCUUUGUGCUCUCCACCAGUAGAACCUUCCUUGGCUUCUGAUUUCUUCAUUCCAUGAGAAAAUCUAGCUCCUUCCCAAGCCGCCUGCUUAGAAUUUGGUUUAUUAUGGUUGGAGAUACAGAGGGUGGACUAUCUGUGGAUGGCUGGUGGGAAUGAUAUAUGGCCAGCAUGAGAGCACACAAAAUUACCACACACAGCAGCUGCUUCAUGUUGGUGGCUUGAAGAACUCUUGGUGGGGUGGAAGAAAUCGUUGAGUGGGCAAUAUCAACUGGAUGGUGGAGAGAUGUCAAUUAUUGAAGCAAUGGGAAGAGAACAUGAUUGUGGGCAUGUUCUGGAUCCUGCUGUACCUAUGAAAUGGUGGCAGAACUAGGCCCCAAAUUGACCUUUAUCACUGUUGUCUGUCCUAGCCUCUGACCUCUACCUACUUUCCCCUAUGCUGGUGGAUAAGUUAAGCAAAUGUAUCCGGCUGAUAUCAGGACCCUGGCCCAACCCAAAUUGGUUUCAGGUCUAUCUUUCAGCUUCCAUGUUCUUAUUUAUCUUCAGGGACUAUGAUGUAUUAUGGGUGGUGGAGACAACAAGACCACUCACAGAAGAUGCCUUUGUCCAUGUCUUUGUCUUCAACCAAUCACAGAGGAGUUAUCACAGACUGGCCAAACUUGAUAUUUUAAUAAUCGGUACAGACAGCAGUCUCUUAGGGAGUCUCAUGAAGGAACGAAAAUUGUGGAGUUUAUUCUUCUUUCCUUUGGUUCCAUAUUCCGACUGUCCUAUCCUUUUGCUCUGCUCAGAAAAAAAUGUCCUUAUCCUUGUCUUUUACAAAUAUUAUGUUGAAUGUUGGAUUAUUCUGCCUAUAACAUUAUAUUUUCGAUAACUUCAUUCAGAGUGUUGUAUUUAGUUAU